AUGCCCAAACUAACAGACAGAAAUCGGGAUAGAGAUCGAGAAAAGAAGAAGAGACGGAGAAGAGACGACAGCUAUGAUGAUUACGAAGAAGAAGGAGGAAUAUCAGGAUGGAAGCUAGGCCUUGUGGUCGGUGUGAUUGUCGUUUGCUUUGCAAUGCUCUAUCCGACACUAUUCCAUCCGAUGCUCAUGGGUUUCCUCGGUCGUUCAUCUCAACCAGCACCAUCGAUAAACCAGCAACGACCUCCAAUUCAUCCGGCAAUGGGCGGAGGAGGCGGUCAACGUCAUCCGGGUGGUUAUCCGUCCCGCCCAGACGUUCAUCCAGCGAUGCGGAUGGCUCAGGCACAAGCAGAAGGACAGUCCGGAGGAUCGAAAGGCAUGUUCACUUGGAUGCUACCGAUUUAUACUAUUGGAGUUGUCUUAUUCCUAUUGUAUACUUUAUUCAAAUCAAAAGGAAAAAAGGCAAAGAGGAAGAAGAGGAACUAUUUCGAUUCUGAAGAUGAUUCGGAGGAUUCUGAAAUGGAGACAAAGUACGGUGGAAAGUUUGGAAAGAAGAAGUUGAAAGGAUUGCAAGAGAGAUUGAGACAGACUGAAGAUGCGAUGUCGAAAAUUCUAGAACAAUUGGAAUCAGUUCAAGCAGGAGCUAAUCCAGUGGAUUUGGAUGCUGCUGAUAAGUUGGCUCUCGAGUUAGAAGAAGACAAGUCAGCCAAAGAAGCCGUCGGACUUACCGAAACCAAUGAACAGUAUAUUAAGGACCUCGAAGUUGCUCUCAAAGAGUUCCAGUCACUUUCAAAAGCAUACGAUAAGGAGAAGAUGAAGAAACUGAAGCGAAAGGAUUCGUCAUCUGAGGAAGAAGAAGAAGAAGAAGAAGAGGAGGAGGAGGAAGAGGAAGAGCUAUCUGAAUUGUCAGAAGUUGAAGAAGAGGAGGAGGAGAAACCAGUGAAAAAAGGGAAGAAAGUUGUGGACCAGAAGAAACCGGCCAAGAAGGCGAUUCUUCGUCAGAAGAGCACAUCGGAAGAAGAGGAAGAGACAAGAAUCGCGGAUAAAAAAGCGGAAGAAGAGGAGGAGGAAGGCAUCGAUAUUGAUUUUGAGAUUCGGGAGCAUGCCGAAAGGAAUAAGAAGGACAAAAAUCUCAGACGACGUCGGCCAAAGAAGACUUAA